AUGCCAAUGAGGCACGUGCUUUAUGUGUUGGUUCUCUCCUUCUGUUGUGUCUGCGGAUGUGUGGGAGCUGAUGCAGAAGGAGAGACUGAUGGAGUUGGCGGUGCUACUGUUUUACAGAUCCGGGAAAGUGGUACUCAUUCAGAAGAUGGGGAGGGAGCACCAACUGAAGACUGUGAUGGACAGGAACCUGUGAAGGAAUCCUGCAAACAUAAUACGAAGACGCUGGGGCCUAACAAUGAGAGAAUAGAACGACAAGACACUGAUGACAGUACAGUUGCACACACAACAACAGAGAUAAAAGGUAACGGUACUACACAUACGCUCAACAGU